AUGCACUUCAUCACCAAGCUCUCGAUUGCGGCCAUCGGUCUUCUCGCCAUCGCCCCACAGAUCACCGUGGCCGAAAACAUCGAGAUCAAGUUCCGCCGCUUCUCUCUCGACACCUGUCCCGGUGACCACAUCAUCCAGAAGGAUGUCAACCUGGACAACGACAAAUGCAAGACGUUCGACAAGCACGAGCCUCCCUUCCACUCCUUCAUGGUCACCAAGAUCAACAAGGGCCCAAACUACCUUGACGACCAUCUCUGCCAGUUCAUUGCCCACGAGGACAAUGACUGCAAAGGUCAGGGCUUCUCCGGCUAUGACAUGAAAGACCAUAUCGACCAAUGUGUCACCAUCAAAGGCUUCGGUGCUCGCUCAGUCUACUUCAGCUGCAAACCUCGUUCGUACCCCAUCGCCACCUCGCCUCUGCCUAUCAAGCCCACCACCUCCACUGCUACUGUCUUCGCUGGCUUCGACGAGGUCCACACCGUCACCCACUACGGCACCAUGACCAGUCACUCGAUCGAGACCAUGACUAUCCACACCACUCUGCCAACCGUCACCGUCACUAACUCGGCUCCUGUCUCCACCCCUUCCGUCACCAAGACAGUCUCCCUCAUGCCAGUCGACGACUGCUGCUGCCAUGGCUACGGUGGAGACUCCGACAUCUCGUCGUAUCCCGCUCCCAAGGACUACUACAUUCCCGACGAAGACAUUGAGCAUUGGGUUUGA